AUGGCGAGUCCGUCACACGUACACACGAUCAACGAAACGAAAGUAAACUCUCCUAACUCACCAUUAGAUCCUCGAAAGCUUCUUCAAUCAUUGGCUAACAACGACCUUGCAUUCAGUAUCUUGCCGAUGUGCGUGAUUCCUCAGCGUGCUCUCUUCGAGGCAAAGAUCGAGAAUUGCGCUAUACACCCAGAGAUGCGCACAAGUGCGGGUAGGUCUCAUGAGUGUCUAUGA